AACUGUGAGGACAUGAUUACUGAAUUCAAGAACUCAUUGAAGCAGGAAUUUCAAAUGACUGAUCUUGGUCGAAUGAAAUACUUCAUGGGAGUGGAGAUCAAUCAAAUUGAAGAAGGAAUCUUCAUCUCGCAGCAGAAGUAUACAAGAGAAAUGCUGGAGAAGUUCAAUCUGUUGGAGUGUAAUCAUGUCAAGAGUCCAAUUGCCACUGGAAUGAAGUUGACAAAGGAAGGAGAUGGAGUUGAUGCAAAUCAAUCAUAGUACAAGCAAUUGAUUGGGAGUUUACUUUAUGCCACUGCAACUCGACCUGACAUUAUGUUUUCAGUUUGCCUACUAAGUCGAUUCAUUGAGCAACCAACAAGGAAGCACAUGUUAGCUGCUAAAAGAAUACUCAGAUACCUUAAAGGCACACUGGGAUAUGGGAUAUGGUACCAGAAGGGUCAGGAUGAAGACUGUCUAGUAGGGUACACUGACAGUGAAUAUGCAGGAGAUUUGAACGAUCGAAAGAGCACCAGUGGAUAUGCUUUCUUCUUAGAUGGAGGGGUAGUUUUGUGGGCUUCCAAGAAGCAACCAGUGGUCACUCUCUCAACCAUAGAAGCAAAAUUUGUGGCUGCUUCUUAUACAGCUGCUCAAUGUAUCUGGUUGAGAAGAAUCCUGGAGCAUAUGGGUUGGGAAACCAGUGUUAAGAAGGCUACAAGAGUAUACUGUGAUAAUAGCUCCACCAUCAAGCUAUCCAGGAAUCUCAUUCUUCAUGGCAGAAGCAAGCAUAUAGACGUACGCUUCCAUUUUCUACGAGACCUGGUCAAGGAUGAAGUGAUUGAAUUGAUGCACUGUGGUUUUGAGGAGCAAGCAGCUAAUAUACUAACUAAAGCCCUCAAGUUAGAGACCUUCGAGUUUCUAAGAGCCAAGUUGGGAGUAAUUGAAUUUGCAGCAAGAGAAGGCACCAGGAAGAGCGAGGAUGAAGUGAACUGAAGCUUGAAGACUGGCUUCAGUUCAGGGGAGGAUAUGUGAGCUGAAGUCAGGGCUGCAGGCUGACUUGAAUCCAAAUCCGAGAAGGAGAAGGAUUAGAGUUACAGCGGGAAAGCUUGAUCGUUUGAAUAAAGAAACCAAAACUGUGUCGUUUGGUCUAAGAGUCUAGCUGAUAGGUUGUCUCUCAGUGGGACUUAAAAAAAGUGUUUGAGCUCUUUUGGAUUACUUUUAACCAUUGUGGUCUUUUUCAGUUUGGUCCUUGGUGUUUUGUUUAGAGUCAUUGGAAGUCCAGUUCAAGCUGAUUAGUAGGGCUGUUAGUGGAUUCAUGGGCACGAAUCUAGGGGCUGGGAGUUAGUAGUGUGGCCGUUGUCAAAGGCUAAGUCUCUGUAUUUAAUUUUCGUUGAUUAUGAUUAAUAGACUUUGUCAAUUUGCCCCAUAAGAGUUUACAUAGAACCUCGUGUUUCGUUCUGCCUACGCUAACUAAAAGACAAACUAAUUGGGUGAAACAUUGUCUUAUGUCUAUACCGAUUAAUGCCAUACACCAUUGUCAUUGAGUUUGAAUCAAGAAAUGCAAAGAGAUUAAUCGGAACUAAAAUAAACAUAGCUCCAAUUCCAAAAUUUUCUAAUAAUUGACUCGGUGAACUACCUAAAAUAACACGGUCUGGCGGCUUGUCUUCCCCUCUUCUACCUCGUGUAUAUAUAGAAACAAACAAACUCCAGCUGUAUAAACCCACCACCACCACCACCGCCGCUUCCUCCACUGCCAUUCCUCGCCGUCCGGCCUAUCUUUGCAAGCGCAACUAAAGCGUUUCCUCCUUCGUCUCAUUUUCACUUCCUCCAUUUACAAGUUAACAAGACGGUAGGGCAAAUGGCAGCGCCGCCGAAACCACAGCUGGCUCCCCGAUGGAUUCCAAAGAGGGGCAGAGUUCUCAAAAGCUCCCUCAGACAGUUCUGUUGCUUCUGCUGCUUCGGAAUACAGAACACCAAAAUAGUUUCUUCCUCAACGGCGUUUCCCUCAGAUAAAUCGAAAUUGAAUUAGACAUAAUCUCCAGCAGUUUGGCCCUCCUCUGUUCCAGUCAUCUAUUCGUAGAUUACAAGUUAGCUUAAUAUUUUUCUCUGCUUGGUGGGCUUGCUCCCGUUUCAUGCAGUUCUGGUUUAACGUCCCACUUUGCAGCUGGUGAUUUGCAUUAGUUCUUCAUCAAUGUCGCUUUUUUUUUUUUUUCUCUUCGUUUUCACUCGGGUGAAAAUGUAAACUGAUUUGGUCCUUUUUGUUACCGUAACUGUAACUGUUUCAACGAUAUAUAGAAUUUUACAAAGCUGGUUUUCAACCAUCGCCGACCGGAGGCUCUGUUCUUGAUUUCCUUACCACAAAAAGUACCAGCGUCUAUGGUUAAAAGCAGUGUACCCAGUCAAACUUUAAUGUGUCGAGUCAUCUAAAGACGGGGUCAACCACCCCGACCCAACAUAUACACCACAAAUCCCGCCAACUGACUAGACACGUGGCAAGUACUAUGCAAAUUUAAUUUGACUUAAAGAUGUCCACAUCUCGUUCGAUCUAAGCAUUCAACAUUAACAGAUUAUGAACUCGCUAUAUUGUUAUGUUGUUUAAUCUUCAUCAACAUGUUAAUCGAAUUCGCAUGCCAAAAUGAAGUAAUUUGGUUGAA